AUGACUCUGCGCAGGCGGAGUAGACGUGCCACUUGCUCUUGGAGGGGCCGCUCUCGAGGACGUAGGCGCGGCGGUGGGGGAGGAGCUCGCCGAAGUGGCCGUCGAGGACGGCGACCUCCUCGGAGAAGGAGCGGUGGGGGAAGAGCUGAGCCUCAGGGGCGAGGAAGCUCCCCCGGGUGUACUUCACCUCCUUCACGGACAGCCGGAGCAGGUCUCCGGCGAGGUGGAGGAUGGCGGGGACGGAGAGGAGGAGCUUCGUGGUGCCGCAGGUCUUGA